AUGUUCCGGAUCGAAGGCCUAGCUCCGAAGCUGGACCCGCAGGAGAUGAAACGCAAGAUGCGAGAGGAUGUGCUCUCCUCCCUAUGGAAUUUCCUCAGCUACGUGGCCCUGCUGCGAGUCACUCCAUUUAUCUUGAAGAAAUUGGACAGCAUAUGAGGAUGGGCAGUUGCAUGAAAAUACAUGACAUGAGGAACGUGGCUACAGUUUCUACCCUGUCCAUAAUGAAUUGGCCCAGAAAGGUGUAAGAACUGCUUGAAUGGACAAAGAAUUCUACUUGCAAGAACAAGUAGGGCUGUGGUGACAGGCCUUCAUAGCUAAAAUAUAAAUAAUUUGGGAAGUACAAAAAGAUGUUGGGUGCCCUUAU